UCCAUACAGACCGAAUCUGUCUCUCUCCCUCGGGACACCGAGAGCUUCACAUUUGGUCAUUUUGAUACUGCCGUUGACACUAGUUCUUACAGCUGCCACAGCGUCUGUUGUGGAGCGUUGAGAAGAAAGACAUACUGAUAAUAGGAUUGCCUGCGUGUGGUGGGGAAACACUGAUGAUGAUGAACGAAGAUCAGGUGAAUGACAUGAUCCAGAGAUGGCGAAAUACUCCAGAGGACAAAUUGAAGCCCGAGGACUACCAGCAGUUCAAGAAUUUGGGAUCUGCCUGUCUCACCCAGGGUGACAGCGCUCGACUACUGAAAUUCCUUCACGACGAGAAAAACCAGGGGAUUGUGAAGUCUAUGGGCUGUGUGCUCAUUGCACCUCUUGUAAAUGAAGUGGUUCAAAAAGAGAAGAGUCUCGAUCACUGCCAGGCUGCCAUCACACAUCUGACCAAGACAUGUAGACCAGAUGAACUCCUGCAUAGCUUGCUGGCACUUGUUGAAGACAUUGAUCCAGGCACCAUUUCUGAGACCAUUUUAGCCCUUGUUCCACAUCUUCAAACAGUGUUGCUUCAGCUGGAUGACAGAAAGGCAGAAAGUGUGGGUUUGGUUCUGGCCGCCCUGCAGAAGCAGCUGACUCGCCUGCCUGUGCCUUACACCCAUCGGCAGGCGGAGGCUGAUGAGCACGGUCUGUGUCGCUGUUGCAAUGCCUUGGCUGCGUUUACGAAGCCAUUCGUCGAGGAGGUGAAGAGGAAAAAUGGAAGCUAUGUUGCCACCUCUGAGAAUGAGGAGCUAAGGAUUGAGCUGCUCAAGUUCUGCAUGAGGAGUUUGAGGGACCCUCUGCUCGAGGCUGAACUGAACCGAAACAGAAAAUCGUCACUGUGGCUCUUUGCAACAGAGAUAAUGGCCACACUACCUGCAAUCCAAGAGUCUCUGUCAGAGCUCCUGUUCUUCAGCCCUCUAAAGAAAAGCCCCCAGAUGGACGACAGUCAGUCAAAAGAGUCUAGAGCUUGUCUGGCUUAUCUACUGUUUGUCCAGCUUAUUACCAUCGACAGCUUUCCGGCAGUAUUCAGUCCUGUAUUUGUUCUUCAGUGCAACAUGGAAUACAUCAAUCAACUCCUCAGCAUCAAAAAGGAAUCACAUUUGCUCAAAGGACUGGCGCUGUAUUCAAAAAGCCUGGAGAGCGUGCAGGACAACAGCCUUCCAGUGAGUCUACAGGAACUGAAGAGCUUCUACAGUGUACCACAGAACCUGCGGCAACUUCUUACUGACUGCCCAAUGCAGCAUUUGAGAGAAUCUGGACUACAAGUUCUCCAGCUCUUCAUCAAUAAAUUAGAUCUCGAAGCAAAGCACAAGUUCUUCAGGUGCAUGUUAAAAACCAGCAACCAUGCGGGAGUAGAGAGUUACAUAGUGAAGAACAUCAGGAGUCAAGUUGAAUUUUCUAUGGAGCCAGGUAAUGCCAAUAAAUGGUUCCUGGGGAAGGAGUUUCUCUCGUUGCUGGGACUGGUUUUCUGUUUGCCGCAAGGUGCCGAGACUGAUUUACUUAACAAUAUGGACAGGAUAAUGGAGAGUCUGAAUCUUCUACGCUACCUCGUCAUCAGAGACAAAGAACUGAGGAGCAAUACAGCUGUGUGGGAAGAGCUGUGCAGGAUCAAAGACGAAUACCUAAAAAUGCUGCGUGUGUGUAUCAGCAUAUCAAGAGGAUAUCAUUCGGCUGAACUGAAGGCACUGAGGGAGGAUCAAAAGCUAAAAGCAAGAGAAGCCAGAGAUGCUGCCAGAUCCACCAGAUUAGUCAAAAGCAUAACAGUGAAACAUGAGAAAGUGUCCAAUAUGUCCCCAGAGGUCCAGAACCAGGUGUUGCAGAGUGCUUUGGUGACAUUUGACCUGAUGGAGAGUCUUAUAGUCCGCAUCGAAGAGAUCGCAGAGGAAAAGCUGAAGAUCCUAAACUAA